UUCCCCCCCGCCCCCCCCCCCCCCUCCCCCCCGAUAAAUCGCGUCCUGCUGUCUGCACACUAGGUUCUGGAUCCGCCCAGGGCUACCAGCACUCUGCUGCUACCUCGCGCUCGAGAUGGCGGAUGGAGACUCAUCCGACUUCACCUUCUGCAAGGUUGACUAUGCUGGAAAUGAUGAUCAUUUGGAGUCCCCUAAUUCCAUCCCCGUGGAAAGUAUGGCACUUGAGGAUGGUGCCGAUAUUUCAAAGCCUAAGAAGAUCCAGGAUGACAGGCAAACAGACAAUCCAUUUACUGAUGGAAGAUCUAGUUCCAUAUCAAGUCGUGUCAAUAGCCUAUCGCUUCAAGACUCAAAUAUAAAAGAACCAGUUGCACCAAAAAGUAGCAGAGAGUCUGUGCAAUUAAAUGUACCGCCCGAACCUAAACCUACAAAGAAACCUGCAGCACGGGCAAAGGUUCCUUUUGAGAAGGGAUUUAGCCCGAUGGACUGGCUUAAGCUGACUCGGACGCAUCCUGAUCUAGCAGGGCUCAAAGGACAGACAAACAGGAGGUUAAUAUCUUUAGAAGAAGUCAAGCAGCAUAAAACUGGAGAUUGUAUCUGGACCGUUUUGAAAGGUCGUGUGUACAAUAUUGGUCCCUACAUGAAAUUUCAUCCCGGAGGAGUUGAUAUGCUUAUGAAGGCGGCUGGAAAAGACUGCACUGCUUUGUUCAAUAAAUAUCAUGCCUGGGUAAAUGCAGAGUUCCUUUUGGAGAAGUGCCUGGUCGGAUUCCUUGAUCCCAGUGAGUAGAUCAUGCUCGUGCUGGUUCUUAGGUCCAGUUCAGUCCCAAGAAGAUGAUCUGAAGAAUGUAAACAGUGUUUCGCUGCAUUAUAAUGAACAUAGAUGAUCAACAUUUGUUUAGAAAAACCGAGGAAGGUAGAAACUUGAUGAUCAUUCCUGUAUACAUAAUUGUUACCAUUGGUUGCUGGAUAAAAUGGAGAGAGAAUCGCCAGCCCCAUGCUGUAUGUUAAUAAUGUAAAAGAUUCAGCUCCUUGCGCAUCAUGCAUGUUGGAGAUGAUCAAACGCUGUUGUAUUAACUCGUUUCGGUAAUAUACUGGAGAAAUCAAUAUAUGGACCAAAACAUAUGUGAGACAA